UGUUGGAUGUUCCAUUAAACAUUUUUGUUGAAAAUAUAACAAUUCUAAAUUUAAUCAAUUCCAUAAUUACGGCACGUGUUAUAAGGGUGAAGAAAGGGAGGAGGGUGACAAAGAUAAAGUUUGAAAAGAGGGGAGAGGUAAACAGAUGCCGCCACCAGCGAUGCUUCAGACGCUUCUUAGAAGGGCAACCGAAAGUCAGUACUACGGGAAACCCGGUUGUGGGUGGUUGUUGGUUCAACCCGUUCUCUCAAAUGAACAUUGCAACUAUUUAUACAAUAUCUCGCGUUGUUUAUCGUAAAGACGAAUGAACUCGGUGAUUAAUUGAAAGAUAAUUUUUAAUAAAGUAUUUCUAGUGCAAUUAUUAACAAUUAAUUAACAAACAAAUAAACAAACAAACAAACGUAGAAUUUCUACUUAAACGUGAUAUAUUACAAUCCAACAAAUAAUUAUGCGAAUGGGACUUUUUAACGAAUGAAAAAGUGUCAUUUAAAUUACCCGCAUAAAAUUUCAUCCCUCGAAACUCUUUAAAGAAAAAAAAUCUCUAAAAUAUUGAAAUCUUUUUCUACAACAACAACAAUUACUCAAACAAAAUUCUAUUAUUUUUGUUUUGUUCAACGUUCCGUACGUAUGAAUCAUACGUAAGAUUUAGAUUGAUUAAACCACGGUAAUAUAAACAAAAAAAAUAAGAAAAGAUCAACGUGGCGAGGGUGAGUUGAGAAAGAAAAAGCUGAGCAUUUGGAAAGGCGCCUCGGAUUUGAAAGAAUGUAAACAAAACGUGACAGCAUGUCGACGAAUUGGUAAAAAAAACGACGGGUGUGCAAGGAAAACUAACAGAUUAAAGAGCCCUAACUCUUCUUCUUCUUCUUCUUCUUCUUCUUCUUCUUCUUCUUCUUCUUCCUCUUGCCAUCAUUCUGUAUUCCUUCUCUCAGUAUUUUUCUAUCCGACGGAAGUGCUGUCUGUUAGUGUGAGAUUCGAAAAAAAAAACGAAGAGAAACAGGAAGAGGAAGAAAAAACGGGGGGAGGCGGGGGAAAGACUUGGGGAGGGAGGAUUCGAAGAUUUGUUUAAAAAAAAAUAUAUAUUCUUCAAUUAGAAGAAAAAAAAUGUGGUGGUGUUGGUGGAUUUUGUUAUUGAUAUUCUUGCAAAGGAUGCAGCACGUUCUUGGAGCGUGCGAGCCUAUAAGGAUAGAAAUGUGCCGUGGUUUGGGGUACAACGUGACCGCCAUGCCGAAUUUGGUAGGCCACGAGAUUCAAGGAGACGCCGACUUUACCCUACAAACGUUUAGCCCUUUGAUUCAGUACGGAUGCAGUGCUCAGCUGCAUUUAUUCCUUUGCUCGGUUUAUGCGCCAAUGUGUACGGAAAAGGUACCGUCGCCAAUUGGUCCUUGCAGAGGUUUAUGCGAACAAGUAAGAGCAAGAUGCUUUCCAGUUCUUCAAGGCUUUGGUUUUCCUUGGCCUGCGGCUUUGAAUUGUUCCAAAUUCCCACCUGUGAACAACCAUCAUCAUAUGUGUAUGGAUGGACCAGGUGAACCAGGUCCUGCCAAUCCUAUUCAGCCAAUUGGUGCUAGCGGUGGACCAUGGGGUUGUUCGUGGUAUGCCAAAUCUGGUUUAUACGUAUUCCUAAAUCGUUCUGGAAGAUGUGCUGCAACAUGUGAAGCUGAUAUACUUUGGUCUCCAAAGGAUAAGAAAACUACUCAAGCAUGGAUGACAGUUUUUACAAUAAUUUGCUUAAUUUCUGUCAUCAUUGCAAUACUGUCUUUGAUGAAACCUAGAAAAAAAGCAGCGAUCAUGAAUACGGCUGAGAAAGUAAUUACAUGUCUGGCCGUUUGUCAUGGGAUCGUCGCAGUAGGUUACGUGAUUCGAUUAGCUGCUGGCAGAUUGACCGUGGCAUGUACACCCGCAAUACCGUUACAUCCCCAAGAUCAAGCGGUCAUAUCUCAACACCAACAACAAUAUUUGACCCAGGACGGAUUAUCCAAUCCCUACUGUGCUAUAGUCUUCAUCCUGUUGUAUUAUUUUGGCCACGCAGCUAUCGUAUGGUGGGUCAACAUCUGUGCAUGGUGGUGCAUAGUCGCAAGAAAAUGGUCGCGAACGGCAGGUAAUUGCAAGGAGGAUAGUUUUGGCAUACAGCAGGGCUUCUCAACCGUGGGAUCGGUUGCUGCUUGGGGACUUCCAGCUGCUCAGACAAUCGCCGUUUUGGUUACCAGAGAUGUGGAUGCUGAUGAACUUACUGGAAGUUGCUUCGUUGGACAACAAAAUGCUCGAUCCCUUUUGGUUCUAGUAUUAAUACCACAAUUCGCAUACUUUUGUUUGGGCACAACAUUUCUUCUAGUUGGUUUAACAUCUCUUCUGUUACCACGACCAUUGGUGACACCAAGUUCUGUAGUGAGUGCACUCCAACAGCAACAACACCAUCAACAGCAUCCAAAUCCAUUGAUCAGACAAAGAGAAUCGUCUAAAUCACCGGUGGAAAUCUACAGAAGGCAAAAACUUUUAUUAAUCAAAGUCGGCUUUUUUGCUACCUUUUAUGCAGUGACAUUGUUUUGUCUAACCAGUACAACAUUUUACGAAUGGUGGGGUCGUGAAAAAUGGCUAAGAGCACCAGAACCAUCCAGUUCACCUAAAGUACCAUCCAAACCUUACGUUCAGUUUUUCAUUCUUCGAUUGGUAGCUACUUUGGGAAGUGGUAUUGUUACAGCUGCUUGGAUUUGGUGGCCAAAUUUAAUGAACGUUUGGAGACGUUUACCACCGUGCAAACAACCACCACACAAGUGUCAUCCACAUGGUGUACCUGUACCAGUAGUUCAUUGUUUCAAUUCAAAUUCUACAAGUCCAACGCCUCAUCAAAUUCAUCAUCUUAGUCAUUUGGUUCCACCACCACAACAUUCGCUUUUACAUCAACAUCAAAUCGUUGCUAAUUCUUCAUCGAGUAAUUAUAGGAGUUAUAAGAAACAUAGAAAACAUAGAAAAUAUCACAGUGGUAGCGAAACACAAGUAUAAAUGUUUCAUUAAGAUACUCUCUAAUUGAUUAACUAUGUGUACCUAUUUUUUAAAACUUAGUCUAUAAUAGUAGUGAUUAUUUUGAUAAAGACUGUACAUCGACAUGUACAAAAUGUAAUUCGUUUUUUAGAAUCCAAUCCGAUGGAUUUCAUUUCUUUCUGUGUCAUUAUAUAUAUAUAUAUAUAACUUUUACAGGGAAGAUGCAUUAAUUAAUUGAUGCACGAAAGAGGCUUAAUAUUACGACUAUUAUUAAUAUUAUUAUUAUUAUUAUUGUUAACAUUAAGAACAUAAAUUUUAUUUAUUUUGGGCAAAAAUUUGUGCUUCGAGUACAUAAACAAUGCUGUGAAUAGUUUAAGUAGAUUUUCAUUAGUUCACUUUCAUAUCAAAGUAUGGUAAAAAACAAAAAAAAA